AUGCCUACACAAUGGGCACUGGUUAACAAAUUUUCCCUACCGGAAGAACUCUCACUAAGCAUCACGUAUCUGCAGCGAGCUUUGCGGGAUUGUGUUUUCCAACAUCAGGUUUUGGCUUCUAAAAUCAAUAAUUUACCGAUGUACCAGCGCCCCAAAGUCAAACAAUACAUGCUGGAGCUGGAACGGGAAAUGCUAUCGAUCGGCGAGGAACAAGAAGGUUUGGUACGGCAGUUGUCCGAACGGGUGAAACGAUUUCAAAUGACGAUACAGUCGCAACAUCGGGUUACGCUAUGUGACGAUCUGCUGUACGGGUUCGUGUCCCGGCAGCUUGCUGGCCAGCACGAAUCGAUCGUUUUCAAAAGUACACCGAAACACAUUUCCCCACGCUGGAGUGCAACCGAGCUGGCUCAGAAGUACAGCCUGGAAACGAUCCUCGAAACGAUCGAUUUAAAGGAAGAGGAAAACAAAUUGGAAAUUCAACAAUCACUCGAUUUAAAUCCACCCGACGACGAUGAUAGCUGGAUUCCAGUGACGUCAACCACGAAACGAAGCAACAAACAAUCCAAAUCGGUCGCGAAAACUUACACAAGACCUUUGCCAACAGCAGAACUUAGCUUUCGUGCUGGUUUCAAUACGAAACCGGCCCUAUCACAACCGCCCGUUGCCACAAGCGAGCGUGCGUUUGCAAGCAUUUCCGGCGAAAAGUCUAUCAUCGCCGAGAAAGUGAAAAGCGAAAGUAAGUUAAAUGUACCGAAGGAACCAAUAUCACGCGGGACGGUGGAAAAAUUCUCGGAAGAUGAACAGCAAGCGACCCUGUCGGUAAAGACAGAAAGUUCAGCGAAGGUGGAAGGCGGUUAUCGUGGUGUUUGGGUACCGGGAUGCCCGGGACGGCCACCCAAGGCAGCAAACUACAUAUCCGCCGCUAAGUUAGCCGGGAUCCAAGCACGGCGCGCAUCGGUCCCACUAGCGAAACCCAUCGCCCAAAGGCGUGCCUCGAAACGGAUGGAACUGUUGGCGGAGAAAGUGAAACCAGCCCAGGAGCAGCUGUCAGAAUCCCCCGGCGAGGAUGAAGAUCAACUGUCCGAGGUGUUGGAAAUGUCGGCCGCCAUUCGACGCGGACGUAGCAAUCUUCUGCAGGCGCUGAAAAAACAGAAGCGUGGUCCUGGAAGACCACCGAACAUAGACCACCAAAAAGCUUCAAAGCGUGGUCCCGUUCCCGGCGGUAGCAAGCUCGUGAAACACUCGUCAUAUGCUUCGUCCGGUUCUUCACCGAAUUCUCGUUCGUCCACACCGACCUGGGGAACGCGCCAGCAUUCGGAAGAUUCCUCCGAUCGCCGGUCGUCCUCGACCGAGUACCCUCCACUGAACGAUCCGGGCGAAACGCUCGGGUUCGCGGCGACUAGCAUCUAUGACAUGGGACAGGAUGGAUUUCUGCGUUACCUUGAACUGCACACACCGGCAGAGGCACAAGCAUUAAAGGAGCGGAAGCGGGAACGAAAGCGUCGCAGCUGUUACAGCACGGAACGGAAAGAUUUUCACUACGGCAAGCUGGAUUACUACGAACAGCAGCAACAGUACCAGGCUGUACGUGCCUCUAAGCGAACCCAUCAGCGCCCGGUCCUAUACUCACCACCGGUGGCUGCGAUUAAGAAGCGGAAGCAAUCAACGCUAGCCGUCUGUAACACGGCCACAACUUCGCUAGUCCGACACCGACCACAGCCGGCAAACAUUUUCGCUGCAAUGGACAAGCGAACAUGCUUCGUUUGCUUCAAAAGUGGUACAACCGAUGAAUUGAGCGCUUGCAUGAACUGUUGCAACAUAUACCAUCUCAGCUGUCACACGAUCAACGAACAGUCCGACGCGUACCGCCAUCGGGAUGAUCUGUGUCCUGUUUGUCUCGAAUCGGACGACCUUAGCAAAUAG